AUGACUGGAGUUCCAUGCGACAUCGCGCAGCAUUGUCUAAACAUCAAACCAUCAGUAGAACCUGUUGCUCAGGGGAGGCGCAGCUUCAGUGAAGAAAAAGCAAAAGCGAUGGACGAGCAAGUGACAGAGUUACUCAAUGCGGGAAUCUUGCGAGAAGUAAAAUACCAUACAUGGGUUGCCAACCCAGUGAUGGUCCAGAUGAAAAAAGAAGACGAAGACAAAACCGCGUUCCGCACAGAUAAAGGCAUCUACUGCUACACGAAAAUGCCGUUUGGCUUGCGCAACGCAGGCGCAACUUAUCAACGCCUAAUGGACGCAGUCUUUAGCGAGGAUAUUGGCAAAACUGUCGAAGUAUACAUGGAUGACCUCGUCAUCAUGAGCCAUGAAGAGGAGACGAUGCUCAGCAAUAUCCAGCGCACGUUCGAUUCCUUACGUAGCGUGAACUUAAAACUUAACCCGACAAAAUGCUCCUUCGGCAUGGAAGAAGGAAAAUUUUUGGGUUUCAUAGUUACAAGAGACGGCUUUAAGGUUAAUCCAGAAAAAGUGCUGGCCAUCCAGCUAAUGCCAUCACCUGCAACAGUCAAAGAAAUGCAAAGGCUCGCCGGACGAUUGGCAGCUCUGAACAGAUUCUUGGCCAAUCAUGCGGCAAAAUCUUAUCUAUUUAUCAGUACGCUGCGAAACUGCGGAAAGAAAACUCCUUUUCAAUGGACGCCUGAAGCAGAAGCAGCAUUCAAGCAAAUGAAAGAAUGUUUAAUUCAGCUGCCAACACUGACCGCGCCAAAAGAAAAAGAACCGUUAAUCUUAUAUCUCUCAGCCGCGGAAGUAGCAGUAGGCGCAGUAUUAAUGGUAGAACAGGAAAAUAUCCAGACUCCAAUCUACUAUAUCAGCAAAAUGCUCACUGGCCCCGAAACUCGUUACUCAAUGAUAGAAAAAUUGGUUCUAGCGCUAAUACACGCAUCCAGACGCUUGCGCAGACCAAGACCAGCAAUCAAAGGGCAAGUUCUAGCAGACUUCACCACUGAAGUUCUCAUCGAUAAAAUACAAGAAUGUGAGGCAAUCCAGAACCCGACACCUGUUUUUGAUGACAGAGUCUGGACCUUACACACAGAUGGUGCUUCUAAUGAUGAUGGAGCAGGAGCAGGCCUCCGAUUAGUCAGUCCGGAUAAUCACGAACUUACAUAUGCCAUACGCUUAGAUUUCCAAAGUACCAAAAAUGAAGCAGAAUACGAAGCAUUUUUAGCAGGCCUCCGUCUAGCACUCAAAAUGGGGGCAAGAAACCUUGAAGCCAACGUUGACUCAAAGCUAGUAGCCGAACAAGUUAACGGUCGUUAUGAUGCGAAAGGGGAAGCUAUGGCGUUGUACCUUGAACAAGCGCGGAUGUUAAUCAGCCAAUUUCAAACAUUCAAAGUUAAUCACAUAAACAGAAGCGAGAACAAGCACGCUGACGCGCUAAGCAAGUUAGCUGCUACCAGUUUUAAACACUUAGCAAAGGAGGUACGCAUAGAGGUAUUAUCCAACCCUUCCAUUCAUCUCAAGCAAGUAAGCGUCAUAGAAAUGGGAGAUCCAUCCUGGAUGUCUCCAAUCAUCUUGUACCUUCAACACGGAAAACUUCCGGAAGGAAAGGCAGAAGCUCGAAAAAUACAACACAAAGCAAUAAAUUACGGGAUGGCGGAUGGCGUCCUUUAUCGAAAAUCAUUCAUGGGCCCAUUACUACGCUGUGUUGAUAAAACAGACGCCCAAUACCUAGUCAGAGAAAUCCACGAGGGAUUAUGCGGGAUACACGCGGGACCGCGCAUGGUCGUGGCAAAAAUAACGAGCGCCGGAUACUACUGGCUAGGAAUGCACAUGGACGCAGUUGAUCUAUUAAGAAGAUGCGAGGCAUGUCAACGCCACGCACCAAAGACACUCCGACCCAAAAAUCCGCUAAUUCCCGUUACUUUCGCCUGGCCAUUCCAACAGUGGGGCAUCGAUCUUAUUGGCCCAUUUCCUGACGCGCCAGGUGCAGUAAAAUUCAUCAUCGUCGCGGUGGAUUACUUCACAAAAUGGGUGGAAGCUAAAGCUUUAGCCUCAACAACAGCAAUGGUAAUCCGCAAAUUUAUAUAG